GUGUCUCUUAUUUUAAGAAAAAUGAAAGGUAGUGUUACUGAAGAUCACCUUUAUCUAGACUACUUCGAUCAGAAAGAAGACUGCAUCUUGCCUCUCCACACAUCUGUAUCCUUAUUUCUGUUGUCAUUCUGUGACUGCAAGACAUUUAGUGUUUUUUUAGUAUCUCCUGGUGAAAUACCUUCAGACUCCCAGUUUACAGAGAAAGCACUGCCUGAGUGCCUGGAAUUCUGCCUUAUCAAAAGGUGUCAACUUCCUUCAGUGGUCCAAAACUGCUGCUUGCCUGCCGUUCUUGAAAAGAAUGGAACGUUCUGUCGAGCAGGACUUGCUGUAGUGUUAAGGCAUAUAAUACACAAAACCUAUGAGGCCGAUCCGUCAAAGAAGGAAGUUUUGGAACUCUUGGGAUUUAAAAAGACCUGUUUGAAAGCCUGUGCUGAAGUUAGCGAAUGGACCAGGCUUUGUGAAAUCAGCAUUCCUCUGGCUGUUGAGAACUUUCUGAGUCUGUCCCCUGGUCAGCAUCAGAGUAUUCCUGAGGAAGUUCUGCAGUUUGAAAAGAAGUUGGGAGAACCUGUAAGAGUGCAUAAUGAUGACAAAAUUCGAAGGCAGAAAGUUCAGCAGCAAAACUCACUCGUUAAGAAAGAAAGUAAUAAUUCUUCAGAAGAAAGAAAAUCAGGAGAAAUUCAGGAAUCGUCUCCGGCAGAUUUGGAACUAUCUUUUUCUAAAUUAACUGUGCAGAAAAAUGCAGUUUCCAGCAAAAGGGAACCUUCUCAUAUUAGGAAAAUGAAAACCUCUGAACUCCCACCUCUGGAGCAUGCUUUUGCUGAAGGGCUUUAUUUUACUUUGGCUGAUAUAGUUCUCUUUCCAUGCAUUCAUCAGUUUUGGGUUUUCUGCAAAAGACACCAAGAGAAAAUGUUGGAGUUGCCUUUAAUAUCCAGUUGGUACCAGAGAAUUCAAGAAGUGCCAGGAAUCAAGAAGGCUGCUGCCAGAUGCAACAUGCAGUUUGUCCAGUAUCGGGGCUCAUCUGCCUUCCAGUCCGAAUGCCCACAAAGACCCUGCACAGCUUCUGAUGAGCCAGAAGAGGAGGAUGGAGAUGCUCCGUUUAUAGGUGGUCCAAGGCCAACCAUGACAAAGUUAAUGGCUAAUGGUAUUGAAGCAGUGUUCUGUCCUCAUCCUCAUCCUACGUGGGCCCUAGACUGGGACAGUCUACCAGCUGCAGUCAACCCAGGAGAAGGAAAAAUGUCCAGUGAUCGUGCUUUGAGGAAACAGCAACAACUCAACAACCUGGUGGCUUUAGUAACAAAGCUGGCUAGGCCGGGAGAUGUGAUUGUGGAUUUUUGCAGUGGUGGGGGCCAUGUUGGAAUUGUUCUUGCUCACAUAUUGCCGUCAUGUCAGAUAUUAUUGGUAGAAAAUAAAGAGUUGUCACUGAUACGUGCUAAAGAAAGAAGUGAUGAAUUAGGAUUAAACAACAUUUGGUUCAUCCAAGCAAAUAUGGACUAUUUUAAAGGAACUUUUAAUAUUGGGGUGGCUUUGCAUGCUUGUGGAGUGGCAACAGAUAUGGUGAUUGAAUGCUGUACCAAAGUUAGUGCCGCGUUUGUCGUCUGCCCUUGCUGCUAUGGCUUCAUUCAAAAUACGGCCAAGUUUACAUUCCCACGAAGUCAUCAGUUCAAGGAAGUUUUAUCUUACAAGGAGCACAUGGUUCUCUGCCGAUUUGCUGAUCAGACAGCUGUCCAGCUUCCCCCUGAACGCAGGCGAAUAGGUAAGCAUUGUAUGGGUCUGGUAGAUCUGGACCGGGCUUGGAACGUGGAAAGAUCAUGCAACUACACUGUCCAAGUGAUCUCCAUGAAACCAGAAACCUGUUCUCCGAAAAACAACUUGAUAGUGGGUGUCCCUUUUUAGUUCAAAG